AUGAUGGCAGUGGAUGAAACUAAACCCAGCUAUGUUAGCGAGGAAGUUCAAAUAGAGACAGAUUCACUUCAAUCUUCAAAGAAAGAUGUUGUUGAUAUCACCGUGUCGAAGGCCUCAGAAAAUGAUGAGGACACGACCGAAAAAGAGUUGCCGGAUGACCUCAAGGAUAUUCCAAGCAUUGUAAAAGGAGUUGUUACUCUGGAAGACGAUCCGCAGGAGCCUUGUUUUACCUUCAGAAUGGUGAUAUUGUCAAUUAUUUUCAUAUUGCCAGGUGCGUUUCUGGAUACGAUGAACUCGUACCGUACAACCUCGGCGGCAUAUUCAAUUUUUUUUGUUCAGAUAUGCUCUUACUGGGUCGGUAAAUGGCUAGCAAAGAUACUGCCGAGCAAACAAAUAGGAAUCGGGAAGUACAAGUUUAGUUUGAAUCCAGGACCGUGGUCCAUAAAGGAAAACGUGCUGAUUACACUAGCGGCUGCGUCUGGUGCUACUGGGAAUCAAGGAACUACGCCAGUUUCAUUAGCUGAGGUUUAUUACAAGACAAAGGUUAAUCCGGCAGUGGCCAUUUUCUUCAUGUGGUGCAUUAAUUUUUCCGGUUACGCCAUGAGUUACAUUGCUCGUAAUUUUCUUAUUUAUGAUCCACAGUUUGUUUGGCCCAGGGCGUUGAUGCAAACCAAUCUGUUCAACUCGAUGAAGAAAGCAGAUCUUCCCAACCACCAGAGGCAGUCAUCUCGGAAGAUGAAAGUAUUUUUCAUGUUGAUUAUAGGAAUGACAGUUUGGGAGUUUUUCCCCGAGUACGUCUUCCCCAUGCUUUCAUCUUUGUCGUUCCUCUGUUGGGUGGCACCUAACAACUACACUGCCAACUUCAUUGGUGGUGGAAUGGGCGGUAUGGGGUUCUUGAACCAUUCGUUGGACUGGGCGAAUAUUACGUCCUCUGUUAUGCUGUCCCCGUACUGGACAACUUGCGUUCAAUUUGCAGCAUUUUUCUUUUCCUGUUGGGUGCUUAUUCCAGCGGCGAAAUGGGGGAAUAUGUCGUCUUAUAAGAAGGGUCUGAUGUCGAACAAACUGCUUACGAGAAAUGGUACUGUAUACCCUUCUUCGUCUUUGAUCAUCUACGAUGAGGGGGCCAGCAAGAACGGUAAGGUGUCCUUCAACGAGAAGGCAUAUCAGUUGCAUGGUCCAAUCUACAUAGGAGCACAAAAGGCUUGGAACAUGUUUUUCGAUUAUGCUGCUUUUACUUCUGCAAUCUCAUGGAUGCUGCUAUUUGGUAGAAAGGACAUAGCUAAAAAUUUCAAGAAGCUUAAGCAGAGACUAUUCCACAACAAGAAUAUUAAUUUGUUAUACAAUGACAGACUCAACAAAAUUCAGUCAAAUUACGAAGAGGUGCCCGUGUGGUGGUUUGCGCUCCUGUUUCUGAUCACAUUGGUAGUAUUUGUUACAAUUUUCGCAACAAAUACAAUGUUUAUACCUUGGUGGACAUAUUUCGUUGCGGUGGGGGUGAGUUUCAUAAUUAUCAUUCCACUUGCCUAUUUGUAUGCUAUAUCAAAUUUCCAGCUGGCAAUUGGGACCUUUGACGAACUUCUGUACGGAGUCAUGGUGCAAAACCUAAGUACUCACAAGCAUCCCGCCAGCGCAUCUACUUACGGUGCACUCUCCGGAGACUUGUGGUACAGGGCGCAAUACAUGUUGCAAGAUCAAAAAAUUGGUCACUACAUGCAUAUUCCUCCCAAGGCCGUGUUUUUAUCUCAAGUGUUGGGCCAACUGAUAGGUGUUCCUAUGAACUAUGGUACAGUUCGCUGGGUGUUAGACACGAAAAUGGAUUACUUGCGUGGGACUGCCAAAGACCCUUUACAUCAAUGGACUGGACAAUCCCUAACCUCUUACAAUACCAAUGCUGUUCUCUACGUCUUGCUGGGUCCAACUAGAUUUUUCUCCAGUGGCCACAAUAAGAUAAUUCCAUUUGGGCUUCUAGUUGGCUUUUUUGCUCCAUUUUUAAUCUAUGCCCUAUACAAAUUGUUCCCUCGUCGAAAAUUCAAUCUGUGGAAUGUGACAAUCUUUUGUUCUACGAUGUCCACUUUUUACGGCAACCUCUCAACGGGUUACGCAACACAGUUCGUGGUAGGAACUUUCUCAAUGUACUACCUGUACAAUCACAAACCCAAAUUUUGGAGAAACUACAACUACCUUACGGCUGCUGCCUUCGAUACAGGUUACAACCUUGCUGUUUUACUGAUAUUUAUUAUCUUUUCCUCUCACAAGCCCAUUAAGAUGCCUAAUUGGUGGGGCAAUAAUGCAGUCAGCGUGGAACGUUGUUUUGCCCUGGGUAGUUCCUGA